AAGUGAUCAAUAGAAAAGGAUGACCCAGAUUCCAGUGGUAGAUUUCUCAGAUCCCGAGUGCUUGAAGCCAGGGACAAGUUCAUGGCUCUCAGCACGCAAUCAAGUUUGCAAUGCACUCGAGGAUCAGUUUGGCUGUUUUACAGCGAUACUGUCCAACAAAGUUACCUUGGAACUUCACAACACCGUCUUUGGUGCCAUGAACGAGUUGUUUGAAUCCCCAGACGGCAUCAAAGAUCAGAACAAGUACGAAAAAUGGCCUUUCUGUGGCCAUUUCAAGUCGAAUUCUGUCCUUGAACGCUUGGGGAUUUAUGAUCCUACAAACCCCGAAGAAAUUCACAACUUUUCACGUCUUUUUUGGCCUACUGGAAAUGAUCAAUUUUGUGAUGGUGUCCAUUUGUACGUAAAAGUGAUGAAAGAACUAGAUCAAGCUGUGACGAGAAUGGUAUUCGAAAACUAUGGUGUAGAGAAGCACCAUGAUGACCACAUUGAAUCCAGUUUUUACUGCUUUCAAUUUUCAAAAUACGCGGAGCCUAAAAUAUCUGGAAGUAAUGUGGGUAUAGUGAGUCAUACAGAUAAGAACUUCACCUCCAUACUCCAUCAAAACCAGAUCAAUGGCCUUGAGAUUUAUACAAAGGAUGGCGAGUGGAUAGGUUUCGAUCCUCAUCCUCUACCUUCAUCCUUCAUAUUCAUAGCAAGUGAUGUAUUUCAGGUUUGGAGCAAUGACAGAAUAAGAGCUUGUAAACACAGGGUCAACCUGAUUCACUCAGAUCAGAUAAGAUACUCCUUCGGGCUCUUCUCACUCAAAAGAGGAGUAACAACCGUACCGGAGGAGCUGGUGGACAAGGAUCACCCUUUAAAGUAUAAGCCGUUGAAUCAGGUUGAGUAUAUUCAAGCACAGGGUUACAAAGAUAGUGAAGGACGUGAGUGUAAGCUCAAGGCAUUCUGUGGUAUUUGAAUAUUUGAUUUCCUUUUAGUCACAUGGGUACUGUAACCGGAGGAGCUGAUGGACAAGGAUCACCCUAUGAAGACUAAUAUAAUUACCGUUGUUUAAAUAAACGUUGGCCACAUUGCAUGCAAAACGCUUGUAGAGAGUGGUAAUAGUAAUCUGGUGAAUAAAGUGUUGAU